AUGGAGCAUGCAGCACAGGCGAUCGACCAUGUGCAACAACUCUACAUCCGCGCCGGCGGCGGCGCCGGGCCACCCGCCUCCGAGAGACCACCCGUGUUCAAGGCGAUCGGCAUAGGCCUCGCCAUUGGCUCCGGCGCCUUCAUCGGUACCUCGUUCGUGCUCAAAAAGGUCGGCCUGCUUCGCGCCAACGAAAAGUACAACGAGGUGGCUGGCGAGGGAUAUGGGUAUCUCAAGAACUUUUACUGGUGGGCGGGCAUGAUCCUGAUGAUCUUGGGCGAGGGACUCAAUUUCGCUGCGUACGCCUUCACCGAUGCCAUUCUGGUCACCCCUCUGGGAGCCCUGUCGGUUGUCAUCACCACCAUCUUGUCGGCCAUUUUCUUGAAGGAGCGCUUGAGCAUGGUCGGCAAGGUUGCUUGUUUUCUGUGUAUCGUUGGGUCGGUUGUCAUCGUCAUGAAUGCACCGCAAACAUCGGCUGUUAAGGACAUCCAGGACAUGCAAGGCUUCGUCGUACAUCCGCUGUUUUUGAGUUACGCGGGCGUCAUUAUCGUCGGCAGCGCUAUUGUCGCAUUUUGGCUGGGACCAAAGUAUGGCGCCAAGAAUAUGAUGGUGUACAUUUCCAUCUGCAGUUGGAUCGGCGGACUGAGCGUUGUGGCGACGCAGGGCCUGGGAGCCGCCAUCAUCGCCCAGGCGGGAGGAAAGCCUCAGUUCAACCAGUGGUUUUUGUAUGUGUUGUUGGUUUUCGUUAUUGCUACGCUCUUGACCGAGAUUAUUUACCUCAACAAAGCGCUCAAUUUGUUCAACGCCGCCUUGGUUACCCCCACCUAUUAUGUCUACUUUACCAGUACCACCAUUAUCACCUCGGCAAUCCUGUUUAGAGGUUUCAAUGGCACACCGACAUCGAUUAUCACCGUGGUGAUGGGAUUCUUGGUUAUUUGCUCGGGGGUUGUUCUCCUGCAGCUGUCCAAGUCCGCCAAGGACGUCCCAGACACUGCCGUCUUUGCCGGUGACCUCGACCAAAUCCAGACCAUUGCCGAGCAGCCCCAGCCCGAAACCGAGCCCAAGGCGGACGCCAUUAGAGGCACCGCUGCCAUUGUCAGGCGCCUGUCAUCCGCGAGACAAAAGAUGGAAUUGGAGGAGCUCAAACGAUUGCACGAGGAGAAGAUUCAAGAGAGUCUUGCCCCUGUCAGCGAAAAUGGAGCUCCUCUCUACGAAUGGGACGGUCUACGAAGAAGGCGCACUGGAACCUUCAGCAGUCACCGCACUCGUCCCGGCACCGGUGUUGGUGCCUCCCCCGCGCCCUCUGGCGCCCCCUUUCUCGCUCCUCCUACACCUCACCCUCCACUCGGCUGGUCACACUUCCCCACCGAGGAGGAACUCGCCGAGGCGAGUAGACCUGUCUCGCCUGCCCUCUCUAGCAUAAUGGGCACGAUCCGCAGCCGCGCCCGGUCUGCCCUCCUCCCAGGGCACCCCGACUACAAGCCCAGCAACAACCCCUCCACCACAAAGGUGCAAAGCCCAAUGCACCCCGUCCAGUUGACCUCGAUAGCAGUGCCAGGUCAGGACAAUCCCGCUUCUUCCAACAACCCAUCAGAUGAUUUUCUGCACCCACUGGGAGCAGCAAGACAAACCAGAUCAGGAACGACAGCUAGCGCCUCGAGUUCCAAACGGCGGGUCCAGUUCCCGGAAUACAACGAGGGCGAACACCCCCUCCCAUCACCACCCACCCCCCCACCUCACUCUGCAAAGCGCCAGUUUUCCUUUCAAAACAUUUUCAAACGCAACCAAGCCCAGUCCAUCGACGGGGCGUUGGAGAGUGGCGGCAGCCCGCAGAGAAGCGGGCUCAACUCGAGGGGGUACUCGUCCCCUCAGGUGCGCAUCACGGGCGCGACGGAGGAGGAGAGGUUAGGGCUGGUUAAGCCCCAUCCUUUGGCCGCCAAGUCGAUGCCUGCUCUGCAGAUUCAGCGGUUUUCCGAAGAGGAGGAAGAGGAGGACAGCGAGGAUGAGCAGCAGCAUGUUCAGGAGAAGAGACCUUUUGUUGGGGGGGAUGGGGGUGAUAGGAAGGCGAGGGAGUAUGGGCAUAGUAUUACGCAGGGGUAUACUAAUAUUUCCCCUCCGAGGAAGAAGACGGAAAAAGAUGUGGAAAAGGAUGAGCUGAAGGCUUAUGAGGAGAGGAGGCAGAGGUUUAAGGAGCGGAGGAGUAUGGAGGGGGAGAAGGAGAGGCCGAGGGAGAGGAGUGGGAGUGGGAGUGGGAGUGGGAGUGGGAGUGGGGGGAGUAGUUCUGGGUCAGGGAGUGAUAAGAAGGGGAGGAGGAGAGGGAGGGCGGAUAGUAAACCACCACCGCAGCCGCAUAAUCAUAAGAGGACGGGGACGGGAGGGGGAAGUGGGGAGUUUAUUUGA